GUGUACAAAGGGGCGGAGGGAGUCAGCAGGGCCAGCCACACCCUGCUUUUACUUAAGGCCCCAGCGGCCAUCCCUGCCACCACCACUGCCUGUCCCACUGCCUGUCCCACUGUCCCAGCCAUGGAAGGGAGCACUGAGGUGCAGCCGAGGGUCCCGCUGCCUGAGGGCAUCCGAGUGGGCAACGUGAUGAGAAUUCGUGGUGUUGUUCCCGGCAACGCUCACCACUUCUCUAUAAACCUGGUGUGCAAGGAAGGGCAGGAUGGCGAGGUUGCCCUGCAUUUCAACCCCCGGCUGGAGGAGUCCAUAGUGGUCUUCAACACUAUGCAGGAGGGCCGCUGGGGCCGAGAGGAGCGCGGCCAGGGCAUUCCCUUCCAGCGUGGGCAGCCCUUCGACGUGCUCAUCAUCACCACCGAAGAUGGCUUCAAGGCGGUGGUCGGAGACUCGGAAUACUACCACUUCCGCCACCGGAUCCCGCCGGCGAACGUGCGCCUGCUGGAAGUGGGUGGAGACCCGCAGGUGGAUUCGGUGAAGGUCUUCUGAGCCCUCCUGGGUUGCGGGUGAAGGGCGGAAAUGGGGUCCAGGGCCCUUGGAUGGCAAAUAAAAUGUGAGCUCGCUCCUC